AGAACUGGAAUCUGAAUGCAGACGUGCUUAACUCCGGAGACCUUACCUUUAAUGACCUGGCUUUGCAGAGAUACAAGCCUUCCUGUGACCUUGGGCCAGCCACUUCAUGUCACUGAGCUCCGGGACCUGGCGGGGAUUACGCUGUCUGCCACACCUGACUCAAAGCACUGUCGCAAGAUGACAGCUUGGACGUGUCAGCACUUCGAUGACCAGCGCCAUCGUUGGUUCAGCAGUACUGACCAUCCCCCUCAGGUAACUUGUCCAGGAGUGGUGCUGAAAGAUAAGGAGGACAUCUAUCUUAGCAUCUGUGUGUUUGGCCAAUACAAAAAGACACAAUGUGUCCCAGCCACUUUUCCAUUGGUCUUCAAUGCCAGAAUGGUGUUUGAAAAGGUGUUCCCUGAAGCAGUAGACCCUGGAGAUGUGGUUGCACAGCUUGAAUAUGAUACAGCAUUGUUUGAGUUGAUUCAGCUAGUUCCACCAGUGGGUGAAACACUGUCUACAUAUGAUGAAAAUACACGAGAUUUCAUGUUCCCGGGUCCAAACCAACUUUCUGGACACCAUGAUUCAAACCGCCAGGUUACCAUGAGGAGAAUUUCUGGCCUUCGAGGAAUUGCUCCAAAGCUGGAAUUUUCUACAACCUCAGUGAUCACUGAAUGUCUGAUAAGUUCAAGGAAGUGCCGCACUCAGGAUAAAUAUAUUUACCAUACGACUCCAGUUGAAAAAUCACACGGCAGACUGCAAAGCAGAACAUCAAGAUCACAAAAGAAAAAAUCCAAGUCACCUGAGAGAAAUAAAUAUUGCGUAAAUGCAAAAAACUACGAACAGCCUACGAUUUCUUCAAAAUCACACUCUCCAUCUCCCUACACAAAAAGACGCAUGUGUGAGCUAUCUGAAGACACCAGGCGGCGGCUGGCCCAUUUAAAUCUGGGACCCUAUGAAUUCAAAAAAGAAACAGAUAAACCUCCAUUUGUGAUUAGACAUGUUGAUCCCCCAAGUCCCAGGGCUGAGACUUUAUUUGGAUCUUCUAGCAGAGACUGUGAAAGGGAUGGGUGGUCCAGGAUGCACAGUGAUCAUUCUCAUUUUGGCGGCUACCGACCCAAGGAUUAUAAGGUUAUCAGGACACCCCAUGGGACAGACUUCGAUGACUCUUUGGAAAGGUGUGAUGAGUAUUUGAGCUCAAGGUCAUGUGGCAAGCCCCGGCACUCAGCGAGGACCUUACUUGUCCAUUCAGCACCCUCAACAACGCUGAAACAUCCUCCAAGCCCUGUGUUACAUCGUGCUUCUCUCAGGGAAAGAUUCCAUUCUGAUUGGUGUUCACCUUCAAACUGCGACGAGAUCCAUGACCGGGUAAAAAAUGUCUUGAAAUCACACCAGGCUCAUCAAAGACAUUUUUAUGAUGAGAGAGACCCAGAGAAAGAAGACGAACUGGAAAUGAAAAGAGGUCUUUUAUACAGAGACUACGCCUAUGACAGUGACCCCGAGUAUAGCUCACUGCAGCGGCCACAUGGCGCUCUCCACUUGGAUGAUGGUGAAUACUGGUCCAACAGGGCAGCCUCUUAUAAAGGGAAAUCCCACCGACCCAUCUUUGAGAACAGCAUGGACAAGAUAUACAGGAACUUAUACAAAAAGGCCUGUAGUUCUGUUUCUCACACACAGGAAAGCUUCUGAGACCGUCCACGAUAAACUGUGUGAGAGUCCGUGUCAACUUCUCAAUGAAAACGUUUCAUGUGAUCAAUAUCUGCAUUCCUUUUUUUUAAACAUGUGGCUUUCAUUUGAGUACAGUAGUUAGACCUGAAUAAGCUUAUUACUUCAAAUGGUAAAUUAUCAUAGGCAAGCCUUUUUUUUAAUCACAGUAAAGAGUGCUGUGUUCUAGAAGUGAAAGGUCUGGGCACAGUUGUACGUCCAGUGUGACUAUGAGAAGGAUACUGUCCUGUGUAUCUCAUGUCUCCUCCUAAAAACCCAAGAAUAGAGUCUCUAAAAAUGCUCUGCCUUAAUCACCUUGUAAUUCCCUUUGUAUAUGCUUAACUGGUUAUCUUGUCUGAGUAAGAUUUAAUUAAUAUUAACUCCCUUUUCUACUGUGUAGAAAUGAAUUUCUUGAGAGUUGAAACCCUGUUUUAACUGGUAUUUUCUACUUUUCCCUCCUUUGAAAAGGCUGUUUAUACUUCUUAGCUCAUAAGAAAUUACUUUCUUUUUAAAGUUUAACCAUUCACUCCCUCUUCUCUAAAAGAAUAGUCUAAGUUGCCUAAAAUGCACAGCAGUUAUCUAGAAUAGCAGAGGCCGUGUAUGACCCAAAACGUAAAUAAGUUAUUUUUAAAGAUAUAAUUCUUUGCCUGAUUUUUUUCCAGGGCUAUAUCUUUUGAUGCAAACAGAAUCAGAAAAUAGCCUUUCUUAGUAAGCAUGUUGAGGCCCCAAAAAAGGGGGGAUUACAUUGUAAUUUAAUCUAUUUAAAGUUUUCAUAGGUACCAAAUGGCCCAAGAAAGUAGUAUCCUUACUUUAAAGGACACUUGGGACCAAAAAGGGAGUAAAAUAUUAUAGCAGAAUUCUUCGCAGUAGGCACUGGGAAAUCUGUUGGUUGAUAAAAUGAGUUUCUUCCCCAACCCCCAAACACAUACCUGUGAGACCAGUGACACUUGGAAGACAUGAAGAAAUCGGUCGCCUCACAUUCACCAGAGUGAAUGGAAGGAAAGCAGAGAAUAGGUAAACUUGUCUUACAAGCUUGGAGUCGACUCCAAGGUAAUGCUUUCUCAUUGACUCCGUCUUUCGUUAAUUCUACAGCUAUGAUUUAAAAAGAAAAAAAUUGACUUGAACCUCAUUUAAAUGAAAUUAACUUGUAAAAGUGGGUGAGUUAUUUUUGUAUUAGGAGAAAAUAUUAUAAUACUUUCAGUCUAACCCUAGGACUUUAUAACUUCCUGUUAAGAAUGUUGUAGUAUGACCGCCUGUGACAUAUCAAAAAAUGCAUCAGAGAUAGGAGCCAGGAGUCCUUGGCUCUGGUCCCAUCUCUGCCAUUUUGUAGCUGAGUCUCUUUAAGCCUGUGGUCCUUAGUUUCCACCAGCUAUCAAAUGAAGAGACUGUAAUAGGUCAGUAUUUACCAAACCAUGUUCUUUGGACCACUAUUUUAGGAGACGGUUGUGGAAAUGUAAAUACAAGUAUUUCAUUGGUCAUAUUAGUUUAGGGGAAAAUCUGUGCACUAUAUUUAUCCUCCCCCCAACUUAUGGAGUCAUAAGUGGGAUGACAGGAGUGAAAGGGGAGGCUGUUCAUGCUGAAUGAACACUUGCAAACCAGGGCUGUCCUGUUGAAGCUAGGACAUAGGUCAUCAUAGUCAUAGUGAACACUAGCAUAUUAGAGGUGUGAAGAAAUACUGGCACGAGCCUGUUUUGCUCUAGCAUCUAGUAGAGAGUCUGGCACUUGUUGGUACUCACUUAAUAUUUAUUGAAGUAACCCAGGAUUUCCUAAACAAAAGCAGGCAUGUGACAGUAUUAGUUGUUAUGGCCAUCUCAUUCUGUCUUCCCCAUCUUCCCACACUCCCUCUCAGAUGUCAUCCUCAGGUGCAUGUGGACACCAGCUGGGGAAAUGCUGGACUAGCCACCUCUGGUGGCAGGCUGUAUAAUGAUGUUUUAUACAAUAAGCUUUUGAUGGUCAACAUUGAAUAAUGCUUUUGAAAAAUCAUAUCCUCAGUAAAACUUAGGUAUUUAUGGUUUUUGGUUUUUUGUGGAAACAAAUGAAAAACUUCUCCAUUUCAAGGUUGCUGCUUGUUGAAAAGAACAAAUAUGAAUUUCAAAGAAAAUGUUUUGCUAUCAUAGAAAAUCUCUCAAGUGAAUAAGUACCACAAAAAUGACUUAUUGUACCUAUGUCUGCCAUUGGCUAUGACAAGGGCCACAAAAAAUGGGUCUCAAAGGGGAUCCUCAGAAGUGUUCUGAGAGCCAUGUCCUGUGGAUUAAAUCUGACAUCUCUGAAGGCCGGGGUGCAAAUCCUUAGAUACGUAGCAUCUUUGCUAAGUGUCCGAUUACUUCUGUUUGCCUGGGGGAGGAGUGGUCUUUAUUGCUAUCCCCAGUUACUACUGUGGAUCCUUCCAUUGUAUUAUCUUUAAAGGGCACAAGCCUUUAAGUAUUAAUGGUUGUCUUUUCUCAUUGAUAGAAGCAGAAAGGUGCCGUUGUUUAUUCUCUUAGCCUUUUUUCUGUAUUUUUGAGUCUUACAGUAGUUAUUGGACUUAAUAUGAAAGAUAAAUGUGCCUUCUUUCCUUUAAUGUAUUUUUACCUUUAAGUAAAAAAAAAUGGGAAUUUUAUAAAGGAAAGUGUUAAUUCAACUAAGAAAAAAUGAAUUGUUAGAAUGAGUCCUCCUUGGUCCUGCUACUGUUUAUAUAACCUUGUUAAGUCAUUUAUCCUUCCUGGAGCUCAGUUUUAGUUUCUUAACUAGAAGUUGAUGAAGGGGUUAAUUUAGAAUGAUCUUUAAAUGUUCCAACAUUCCUAUAAUUGUAUAACUGAUAUAUGGGGAAGAUUAGGAAGCUCUAGGAAGCAGGAUUGUGUUGAAGCUCUGCUUGCAAGUUUUUGUGAGGAGACAUAUUCAAAAAAGUGCAUUUUGCUUAUUUCUAUGACUCACCUCCACAAAAGUACUGCACGUGAGUUAGUGAGAUAAGUCAGGGUUCCUGAACUCCAAGGGCUUACCUUGACUAUUCAGGGAGGGUCAGGCAAAUAAACAGGUGUAGCAUAAUAUCUUGGAUUUCCUCAUUCUCACUCUCUUAUUCUGUGUAGGCUCUUCUACACAAAUAUAGAUUUCUUCAUUUUUUUGUAUCAUUUUUGUAGCCCCAGCACCACAGUCUGGGCAUAUCUUUAUUAUAGCACUUAACAAAAACUGGAUUAUCAAUGACUUUCUUAUGUGUCUUUUUCUCUCAUUCUAGGUUUUCCUCUGCAACUGUGGCACACAGUAGAUAUACAGUGUUUGUUGAAUAACUACUUGAAAGAAAAAAUAAAUGAAGGGCCACUUAAAGCAAUAUAAAACCUAGCUCUAUCUGGAUAUAAGAACAAGAUGCCCCACCCUGGCCACGUGGCUCAGUUGGUUGCAGUAUCAGCCUGUACACCAAAAGGUUGCAGGUUCAGUUUUCCCUAAGGGCACAUACCUAGAUUGUGGGUUUCAUCCCUAGUCGGGGCUCAUAGGGGAGGCAACCCAUUGAUGUUUCUCUCUAACAUCAAUGUUUCUCUCUCUCCCUUCCUCUGUCUCUAAAAUUAAUAAAAACAUAUAAUCAGGUGAGGAUUAUUUAAUAAAAAGAAAUAAGAUGCCCUGACAAGACUGUUGCUGUCAGCUAGUUUAUGAAUACUUGUAGCCAAAGAGAUGAAAAUGAGAAAGAUAAGAGAAAAAUCUUAAUAGUACCUUGGCCCUCAGGUUCCUCAGUUGAGAGAGCUGGUGUUUCUGUAGUGAAAUCUAUUUUUUAAAAAGAGUUCUCAUAAGAAAAAGAAGUCAAUAUGACAACCUGCCUUUUUGUUUGUUACUUGGCUAACCCACUAAGAUACAAAGCAUUCAGGUGACCAGGGCGAGCUCCUUUGCAGCUGCUGCAGAGGGUGAUAAGUACAGGGUUAGGCAAUGGACCAAGAAAGCAAUUGCCUGCAAUUGUUCCCAGCACCUUAUAUGCCAAUGGAGUCUAAAUCCCUUCUAUGAAAUACAAAUUUCUUGGCUCCCAAGAUGAGCCUUAAACAUUUUUUCCUCAGUGUCUUAUCUGGUCACUCACAAAGCAGUGCAUUUCUGAGGAUUGAAUUCUCUGUCUUCUAGCAUUCAGACGUAACCAACCUGCUUAAUCUAGAAACUAUGUCUCUUUUGAUUAAGUAAGAAUUAGUAUGAUAAAUAAAGUAUUUAUCUGAAUAUUUAAGCAAAACUGUCUCAAUGAAAUGCAGUCUUUUUUCAUUUUUACUAAUAUCUUAAUCUUAGCAGGUUGCAUUCCAGCUAUGAAAAUUCACAUAAAUGAGCCUGAUGGAAGAGAAUGUAUUCUGCUCUGACUUGUGUAGUAUAUAAAUGUGUGCAGGUUUAUUGAGGGGGCAUGUUUUUUCUCACUUCCCAUCCCCACCUUAGUGUCAUAUUUGAAGUUUUUAAAACAAGAGAAUUAAAGUAUUGUUUAUUAAAGGUCACCAUCUGUACUUGAUGAUUUACAUACAUUAUCUUAUUUGAUCUCUACAGCAACUCUUAGCUAUGGUAGGUGUAAGAAAUCUCAAUGUUAUAGACCAGGUAACUAAGGAUCAAGCUGCUGUGGUUGACCAGUGAUAAAGGCAGCCAGUAAAUGGUAACCCCAACUCUGCCUCUCAACAGAUAAUUGGUUUAAAAACUCAGCUUGUUACAGUUCAUAAGUUUUUAAAUGAUGGAGCUAACAUGUCUUCAGAGAGAACCUCAGAUCGCAAUGCAAACUGCACUCACAUUAUUGCAGUGAAACCUGGGGCAGAUUUCCAACAUUCAAACACUAAAAAUGAAGGAAAAGAUCAUUUCAUGAACUAGGUUAGAAGUUGGUGGAAGUGUAUGAAAGAAAUAUCACUGAAAAUUUAACCAACCUGAGAUCUCAUGGUAACCAGAGCUGGUGUAUGAGAUAGUUGCAGGUGAAGUACUUACGAUCUUCUUUCUGCGGAGCCCCAGUUACUCUCUUUGACUUAGUAACCACACAUUCUUGUAGAACUACAUAUAUAUAUUUUUUAAUCCUCACCCAAGGAGAUGACUUCACUGAUUUUUAGAGAGAGGAAGGGAGAGAGAAAGAGUGUGAGUGAGGAGGAGAGAGAGAAACAUCGAUGUGAGGAGAGAAACCUUCAUCAGUUCCCUCCCGAAAACACCCCCACUGUGGAUUGACCGAGGAUUGAACAUGCAACCGAGGUAUGUGCCCUGACCAGGAAUCAAACCCAUAACCUUCUGGUGUAGGGGACGACACUCCAACCAACCAAGUCACCAGGCUGGGGCAGCACUAUAUUUUUUAACAGCUUUAUUGAGGUAUAAUUGAUACAUGAAGAACUGCAUACAUUUAAUAUGUACCUUUUGAUGAAUUUGUACAUAUGCAAACACCUGUGAAACUGUCACCACAAUCAAGGUAGUAGAUGUAUUCAAUGCCUCCCAGAAUUUCCUUGUGUCCUAUUUUUUGUUUAACUGUCAGUACCAUGCUGUACAGUAUUCUCUAGGACUUAUUCUUCUUGUAUAACUGAAACUUUGUUAUUAUUAACAAAUAAAGGGGAUUUUUAACCCCUUAUCAGAUAUAUGGUUUGCAAAUAUUUUCUCCCAUGCCACAGGUUGACUUUUAAUUCUGUUGAUUGUUUCCUGUGCUGUGCACAAGCUUUUUUUUUUUUUUAUCCCACCUGUCUAUUUUUGCUUUUGUUGCUUAUGCUUUGGGUUUCGUACCCAAUAAAUCAUUGCCUAGACCAAUGUCAAACUUUCCCCUAAGUUUUCUUUCAGAAGUUUUAUAGUUUCAGGUCUUACAUUAAUCUUCAGUUUCUUUGAGUUGAUUUUUGUAUAUGGUGUAAGGUAGGGGUCCAAUUUCUUUUUUCUUUUUCGCAUGUGGCUAUCUAGUUUUCCCUACACCAUUUUUUGAAGAGAUUGUCCUUUCCCCAUUGUGUGUCCUUGGCCUCCUUGUCAAAGACCAGUGGACUGUACGUAUGUUGCUUUUUUUUGGGCUAUAUUCUGCUUCAUUGCUAUAUGUUGACCUUUUUGUUUUAUUACUAUGGCUUUGUAAUUUAGUUUGAGAUCAGAAAGUGUGAUACCUCCAGGCUUGUUCUUCUUUCUUAAGAUCACUCUGGCUGUUCUGGGUCUUUUAUAGUUAUAUAUGAGUAUUAUGAGUUUUUUUCUAUUUCUGUAAAAAAUGCCAUUGGGAUUUUGAGAGGUAUAGCAAUGAAAUGAUGGGAAGAUAGUGAUCUGUAGAUGACUUUGGGUAGUAUGGACAUUUUAACAAGCCACAUGGUAACUACCAAAAAAA